AACAGUACGUCCCUGCUGCAGGCGGCGCUGUUUACAGUUCUGCUCAUGUGCACUGCAGCAAGCGAAGAACAGUUCCUUCAUUUCGGUGCGCAUGUAACCGACGUGACCUCCGGCUUUGGUAUAAUUCAUUUGCUCAUAUUUUCAUCCUGCUCUCAUAUUCGCAAUAAAGACCGGCUAUUAGUUUUACACGCAGCGCCUUCAUCUUAACACCUUCAUCUGUAAUUUAGUCGCGUUAGGGUAAAUAAGCGUCAGGCUGAUGGCUGCGGUGUCGGCUGUGUCUCCAGACCCUGGGCCUGUGGUUACACGGCCACCUGAAGACGACAUCGAGGGAGACGACGAGGAUGACCUGGAUGAAACCCUGAUGGAGAGGCUGUGGGGAUUAACAGAGAUGUUCCCUGACACACUUCGCUCAGCAGCUGAAGUAUCGGCACAGUGCUCGCUGUCCCUCGCGAAAAAAGUUUACAGCUUUUCCCGCACUGCACUGUGGAUAGGCACAACUUCAUUUAUGAUCCUGGUGCUUCCAGUCGUGUUUGAAACAGAGAGACUACAGCUGGAACAACAGCAGCUACAACAACAGAGACAGAUCCUAUUGGGGCCAAAUGCUGGAAUGUCUGGGGUAAUGCCUGGAAUGGCACCCAUGACUUCUGGAAAGGUCUGAAGAAAUGGCUCAUAUUCUAUCCUCAAGAUGCAGUUCACUGGGGACCUGGAAAAGAAUCGUCUAGUCAUCUGAAUUGAGAAGAGGAGACGGCUUUCUUUAUGAAAUCUGUCAUCCAAUGUUUAAAUUUUUGUUUGUUUGAUUGCCUGUUAUGUUGUCUUUACAUGUCUUUCUGAAAAGAAAACAAUGACUGUAGUACUCCAGUAAUGUAAUUAAUUUUAUAUGUAUAUACUUAUACAUACAUACACGGUGGUCCCAAUGUCUGGAUCCAUAGGCAACACUCUACUUUAAAGUAUUAAUUAAAGCAAAUUCUCAAACUGACAGCCUCUGACUUCCCAACAGUGUGUGCACAAAGUUAAAGAAUAUCGAUUAUUUUUUAAUGUGUCAGAACUGAUGUUACACGCAGAGAUGAUUUUCUCUUUAUAAGUAAUUAUUAGUCUGGGCUGAUUCUGAAGUCAAAUGGUGUUCUGUCUGUUUCUGUUCAAUCUUCUAUUUUUAGAUUUAAAGUCAUCUUGGAAUCCUGAAAUAAAAAUAAAAAUGUAACUUUUAUAUAAAGAAAAAUGCCUAUAGAUGCAGAUUUUGGACCACUCUGUAUACAACAGCAGCUCUGUUUUUUUUUUUUUUUUUUUUUUUUUUUUUUUUAAUAUGCGUCGAUGCACCAGUCAGAGUCAGAAACAUAUUUAAAAGUUAAUUCUGAAAGCUUUUUUAAUGAAUUAUAAAGGACAGUCAAAUGAUUUGCUUAUUCAGAAAGACCAAUGAAUCUUGGUUGGCUAUUUUUUUUUUUUAUGAUGAUGAUGAAUCUGUAUGCCUUGUAAAGUUGCAAGUUAUCAUCCGAGCCCUUUACAUGUGAGUUUUAGUUUAUGAAAAUUAAAGUUGUGGCAGUGACAAAACAAUACACUAUGAAUGGUAACAAAUUGUUGUAUUUUCUUUGGUCAAAGUGUUUACUACUUGAUAGUAGACACUCUACCUGGCUUCUUAUAAGAAAAACAGAAAAAGGUUUUUAAUGAUGUAAUGGCAUAACAUACGGUACAGCACUUUACUCCGUAAGAAUGCUGUUAAUAAUUCAUUUGGGGAAACAUUUUACAGAACAUAUAAAUCCUUCUUCACUGCUCCUCCAGAAAGUUUUCAGAAAAUCUUUGUAUAUUUAUCUUCAGAAAAAAUAAAUUAAUGGUUAUUUGCAACUCGAUAAACAUAGAUCAAGCAGUAGUGCACAUGUUAGAUACAAAAAAGAGCUUCUAUGGCUUUUGAACAUAUAAAGCUGUUUAUUUUGCGGAACUUGUCACGUAUCUGUGGAUUUGCACUUUCUCAUGUCUUAUACAAAUGAAUUGAAAGCAACACCAAAAUAAAUGGAGUGGAUAAAGUAGGAGUAAAGAUACAAA